AAUGUAGAGAAAAAUAGAAUGCUAUAAUAAAGGACUAUUUAAUUCAAUGUCAUAAUUUGAACCUAAAUAAAGAUCUAAUGGUAAGACUAGUUUAGGAACUGGAUCUUUUGGAACAGUUAAUUUAGUAUAGAAUAUAAAAUCACAAUAAUUAUAUGCUAUAAAAUCCAUUUAAUAAUGCAAUAUACAAACCCCAUAUGAAUAAGAAGGAGUUGAAAGAGAAAUUAAAGUCCAUUUAAAGUGUCGACAUCCAAAUAUAGUUAACUUAUAUGACAGUUUUAUUGAACAUGGGAAUGUGUAUAUGGUAUUAGAAUAUGCUGAGAACGGGAAUUUAUAUAAUUAUGUAUAGAGAAGAAAGAAAUUAGAGGAAAAGGAAGCUUGUAAAUAUUUCAUUUAGACUUGUAAAGCAUUAUAAUAUUUGCAUGAAAUGAAUGUUUUUCAUAGAGAUAUAAAAGUAUUAUAUUAAAUUUAAUUAUUAAAGCCUGAAAAUUUAUUACUUGAUAAUAAUAAUGAUAUAAAAUUAUGCGACUUUGGUUGGUGUGCUGAGAAUAUUCAUUUGAAAAGAAAGACUUUUUGUGGAACAUAUGAAUAUAUGGCUCCAGAAAUAGUAUCUGAUUUGCCAUAUGAUUAUAAAAUAGACAUCUGGUCUGUUGGAGUAUUAUUAUAUGAAUUAUUACAUGGUUAUGCUCCAUUCAAAGGAAAAGAAUAUAAAGAAAUAGCAUAAAAUAUUAAGAAUGGAUUAAUUAGAUAUUCCAGUACAAUUAAUUAAGAUGCAUAAGAAUUAAUCAAAAAUAUAUUACAAAAAGAUCCUUAAUUAAGAAUAUCUUUUAAGGAUAUUUACUAAUCUGCAUUUGUCUAGAGAUGUUUUCCUUAACAAUAAGGAUGUAUUAUUAAUUAAAUUAUAUUUAUAGAAUUGAAAAUAUCAAUGUCUCCAAAAUCAAGUUCUUCUAUAGAUUAAAAUUCAAUCUAAAAAUAUCAAUCUCCCUUAAUUAGUCAUAAAUAACAACCAUUUGGUAGAUUAAAUUAAGCUAAUACAAAUAAUAAUCUAAAUAAUUCUUCUUCCUUAAGUAUCAAGUCUCCUAAUAUUUCUAAAACUAGAGUUGAUUCUAAAAAGUAAUAAAAUGUCUUUGAUGAUAUUAAAAAGAAGAUUAUCUAUGAAUAAACUAGUCCUUUAAGAGAUGCUACAAAUAUGCAUAAAAGAAAUCAAGUUAGUUUGACUAAUUUAAUUAAAAGUUCAAAUACUAAACUAAAUACAAUAAAAAGUCCAUAACCAAAAAAAAUUUAACUUAGUAAAUAUUGUUCUAAAUCAAAAAACUUUGAUGAAAAUGGAACUGUUAAAUUGUUAGAAUAGUUUAAAUCAAUGCCAUCUUUCACAAUUGAAGAUUAAAAAUAAACAUAUGAGGAAGAACAUAAAUUUAAUAUUAAAACUGAUAGAGUCAAAGGGUAAUUAUUAAUUUUAUCAUGAUUAGCUUUAAAAAAGACCCUUAAUAGUCAUAAGAUCUUGAUAAGAUCUUAAAAAUGUAUCUAAGCAUGUGUAGCAGCAGAUCAUGA